AUGGCUUCUCAGGGCACCUUUCGUCAUGACGCCGUUGUCUUCACCGACAAGGCCAUGAAGCCUCUACCUGUGUUUUCACAGGCUAUUAAGGCGAACAACAUUCUCUAUGUCUCAGGGAAUGUGGGCAUGGAUCCUGUUACAGGGAAACUUGCCGACGGAGUUGCUGCACAAACCGUGAGGCUUGAUGCAAUUCUUCUAGCCGCUGGUUCCAGUCUUGGACAGGUCAUCAAAGUCAAUGUCUAUGUGACCGACAUGGGAAAAUUCGCUGAGAUGAACGAGGCGUAUUUGGGGGUGUUCGAAGAGCCCCAACCAGCUCACACCUGCGUUCAGGUAUCUGCGUUGCCUUUCGGGGCUUUGGUUGAGAUGGAGUGCCAAGCAUUGUUGAGUUAG